CAUGCCGGAAGUAGGCUUUCUGGACGCGGAGUUUCAAGAGUUGGAAAGGUAACUGUAACCAGAACGAGAGAGAGAGAGAAAAAAAACCCGAGAGACAGAAGAAGAAGAAGAAGAAAGAGGCACGAUCCCAAACCGAAUACAAGUGUUUCGUGGUUUUGUUGCAUUUUCCCUCUCGGCUGUAGUGAAUACAAUGGGAUUACCAGCUCUGGAAUUCAGCGACUCGUUUCUGGACAGUCCCGACUUCAGAGAUCGGCUCAAAUGUCAUGAAAUUGAGCUGGAUCGGACGAAUAAGUUCAUAAAGGAGCUCAUUAAGGAUGGCAACAUGCUCAUUAGCGCUCUGAAAAAUCUUUCUGCAGCUGUGCAGAAGUUUUCACAAUCUCUUCAGGAUUUUCAGUUUGAAUGCAUCGGCGACGCAGAAACCGAUGAUGAGAUUAACAUUGCCCAGUCAUUAAAGGAAUUCUCUCAGCUAUUAAAUACAGUUGAAGAGGAACGACGGCGACUUAUACAGAAUGCCGAUGACGUCUUGAUCACGCCGCUGGAGAAGUUUCGCAAGGAGCAAAUUGGCGCUGCCAAAGAGGGAAAGAAGAAAUUUGACAAGGAAACCGAGAAAUAUUAUACACUUCUGGAAAAACACCUGAAUUUGUCCUCAAAAAAGAAAGAGUCCUUUUUACAAGAGGCAGAUACCCAGAUCAAUAAGGAGCGACAGAUGUUUUGUGAUGCUUCUCUUGAAUACGUGUUCAAGAUUCAAGAAGUGCAGGAGAAAAAGAAGUUUGAGUUUGUUGAGCCGCUCCUGGCUUUUCUCCAAGGACUGUUCACAUUUUACCAUGAGGGUUAUGAGCUGGCACAUGAAUUUGAACCAUAUAAACAGCAACUUCAGUUCAACCUACAGAAUACGAGGAAUAAUUUUGAGAGCACCAGACAGGAAGUGGAAAAUCUGAUGCGAAGGAUAAGGUCAGCAGAGCAGGACUUCAAAGCUCCAGGACAGUGGACUAUGGAGGGCUUUCUUUAUGUACAGGAAAAACGUCCUCUGGGAUUCACGUGGAGCCGACACUACUGCACAUAUGACAAAGAGACGAAGCUAUUCACCAUGAGCAGCUCUGAAAUCAAAUCUGGAAGCAAGCAGAAUGGACUGAUUCUGAGUCCACCUGAAAUGUACAAGCUCAAGUCGUGCAUAAGGAGAAGGACAGACUCCAUCGACAAGCGAUUCUGCUUCGAUAUUGAAGUGGUAGAAAGGCAUGGCAUCAUCACCCUGCAAGCUCUGUCUGAAUCCAACAGACGCCUGUGGAUGGAAGCCAUGGAUGGAAAAGAGCCAAUUUACACACUUCCAGCACUUCUGAACAAGAAAGAAGAAACAUUCCUAAAUGAAGCAGGGUUUAACUUCGUCAAGAAGUGCAUUCACCUUGUAGAGACAAGAGGUAUCCAAACAAUGGGACUGUACAGAAUUGGAGGUGUGAACUCUAAAGUGCAGAGACUUAUGACGUCUGUGUUUGCUGCCAAAGCUCCUGCAGACAUGGACCUCGACCCGGACACUUGGGAUAAUAAGACCAUCACUAGUGGACUCAAAAAUUACCUCAGGUGUCUGGCUGAACCCCUGUUAACCUACAGACUUCACAAGGACUUCAUCAUGGCAGUCAAGUCAGACGAUCAGAACUACAGGGUCUGUGCAGUUCACUCUCUCGUGCACAAGCUGCCGGAGAAGAACAGAGAGAUGCUGGACAUCCUGAUCAAACAUCUGCUUGUGGUUUCCACACACAGCCAGAAAAAUUUGAUGACGGUAUCUAAUCUCGGCGUGAUCUUUGGCCCUACACUGAUGCGCUCCCAAGAGGAGACCGUGGCUGCCAUGAUGAACAUCAAAUUUCAAAACAUCGUGGUGGAGAUUCUCAUCGAGAACUAUGAUAAGAUCUUUCAUCAGUCUCCAGAUCCCAAUGUGCCUCUACCUCAGCCUCAGGCUCAGUCUCGCUCCAGCUCACGCCGCAGCAAAGCCAUCUGCCUAUCCUCAGGUCCACGCAAGUCCAGAGGCUUGUACUCGCCUGCUCUCUGUCUGGCUGAUGCUGACAGUGACACUUUUAGCAGCAGUCCCAGCAGCACGCCCAUGGGCAGCCUGGAGUCUCUGUCCUCUCACUCAUCAGAGCAGAAUGGCUGCUCCAAGGCGGCUUCUCCAUCACGCUCCAAACACAAGAUCUCAGGCAGCCUGUGCUGGACCACUCCAUCCCCGUCCUCUGAUGGCCCUAAGAGCCCAGGUGGCACCACCAGUCCUGACUCCAGCUCCAAAGAGGAUGCAGCUAAGACAGAUGGCGAGUGGGAGGAGGCUCUUAGUGUUCUUCCACCAGAGCGAGCUUCGCCAGCUCCGGAGCUGCCUAACAGAGCCGAAGAGGAGAAUGCAGAGGUGCAGAGAUCAGGGCACAUAUCCAACGUGUCCUCCUGCUCCUCCCUCACCUCCCUUCACAUUUCUGAAGGUUUCCGAAGCUGCCAUGGUUCGGUUCAGAGUUUGGUUUCUCGCAGUAAUAGAGACAGCCUGAAGUCAUUGCCUUUACCAGACCUCCCUGUUAAAGACACAAGCAGAUGCAGCCUGGACUCAUCAGGGAGCAAUGGAUACCAGAGGCCUGGCUCUGUGGUGGCCUCCAGAGCAGCGUUCUUCGAGAGCCCUGCGGUCUCCCAGCCGGCCCCUGCUGGAAGGGAGGCCAAAGCCAUGUAUUCCUGCCAAGCGGAGCACAGCCAUGAACUCAGCUUCCCUAAGGGAGCACUCUUCUACAAUGUGCACUCGUCAGUGGAACCAGGGUGGCUCCAAGCUACAUAUAACGGCAAGACUGGACUCAUCCCAGAGAAUUACGUGGUGUUCCUCUAGCCAGGCCUGCAAGCAGACAUAGCAAGUCCAUGGUAUCCAUGGUGAUCGUUGCUCCAUAAAGGGACCAUUUUGUACAUUCAUGAUAUACAGUAUGUGAAUAGCUUGAAUGUGUAGUUCAAAAAUGGUUAUAAAUACAACAUUAACCACAAGUGUAUAUGUUUGAUGUAGAUAUUAGAAAGUUUCUAAAAAGAAUAAUAAUAUUUUAUGUUUCUUACUGUUAUGCCUUUGGCUCUGUAAAGCCCUAAGGUAGAUUAUUUAAUAACACAGCAUGGAUCUGACAAGUUGAACUGAUAAUGUGAGAAACACUGACCUGUAAUGUACUAUAGGUCUAUGCCUCUCAUAAUAUAGUUCAAUCUCUGUGAUGAAGGAGAACUUAUAAUUAACACACUGAUUAAUGUGAUGGUACGGAACAUGCUCGUAGUUAGUUGUUGCUUUUUUCUAACUUUUCCCUAUAUAACUUAUCUUAGAAUGUAUUUUUGUGUAGCUGUUCCUGGACUUAGCCGAAGCCAGGAGUUGAGAAAGUGUAUCUGAAAAAUUUCCAACCCAUUUCAGUACACAUGUUCAUUAGGGUGCAUCAGUUGCCCCCUAAAAAUGAAAAGUUCCUCCGAUCAUGAUGCAUUUUUGUUUUUAUGUUCCUUUUGGUAAGAAAACACACUGGGUGAAAUAUUUUGACAAAAUUCAAAAGUUUAAUGGUGGCACCAGGAGCUCAAAGUUAUGGAAAAAGCUGCUAUUUUAUGACUUUUAUGACAAAAUUUCGAUCACUUUUCAUGAAACAUUAUGGCACCUUUAUAGAGUAUACCAAAUAUCUUAGAAACACAUUUUUAGUACAUAUUCUAAAUAUAUUAUCAAGCACAGUUUGAGUUUUAGCUGUUCAUUGAAUCAUUGUUCAACUACUUUUAAACAAUACAAAUGUAUUAUGAAUCACAUUAAUGCUUCUCAAUCCCUUGCAGAUGUUCUUAACAUGAUCUCUGGCUCACAAGAAAUCAAUAAAUGGAGUCCAACAUUGUGAUUCAAACCUUACGCGAAAACAUAAAAUAAGCGUUUUUUGGCAAAAAAUGAACCUCAUGGUGCCACCAUUAGACUUUUGAAUAUGGUCAAAAAAUUUUACAGGAUGUCUUUAUUGGUGAAAAGGAACACCCAAACAAAAAUGCAUCAGAUUUUAUGAAAGUGAGGGCAACUGAUGCACCCUAAUGUUCAUUUUUUUUUUCCCUUUUUCUUCUUAGUUAUGCUAAACAGUCAAACAAAUGUAAGAGAUGCAGGACAUCAUUGCUUAGCUCAUUGGUUCCUUAAUAGCAUUAAUGUAGUAAUUCUCAGUACUGUAUUAAUAAUCCAGUAAAUCAGUGCCACCUCUAAAGACGUGUGUGUUCAGAGAGUAGCAUCCCUGCUGUGUAGCUCUAAGUACUAAAUAUAAGCGCAAAUACUUAUUACAUUUACAUUUUCCACUUACAGGUACAGUUACACGGUCUGUAUAUUCUUACAUUUCAUAGACAUCACAUUUCAUCACACUGACUUUUUUUUGCCGUUUUUCAUUUAUUUACAUGUAAAAAGACAAUUUUUUACUGUAAAAAUCACAUCUGAUUUGUAUUAGAAAUACAAAAACUAAUGUCAAAUGUAGAGUACCAGUCAAAAGUUUGGACACACCUUCUAAUUCAGCGUUUUUUCUUGAUUUUUAUUAAUAAAGACACUUCAUAUCUUAAAGUAAUGAUGGAUGUCGUUUGUCUUUACUUAGUCGAGCGGUUCUUGACGUAAUAUGGAUUAUUACAGUUGUGGAUGGAAUAGGGCUAUUAGCUGUAUUUUUAUUAUUUACUAUUUACUGUUUGAUCUCAAACGCAUUAAGAAGGCACGAAAUUGCACUAAUUAACUUUUGACAAGGCACACCUAUUAAUUGAAAAGCAUUCCAGGUGACUACCUCAUGAAGCUGGUUAAGAUAAUGCCAAUAGUGUGCAAAGCGUCAUCAAGGUACAGUAAAUGGUGGCUACUUUGAAGAAUCUAAACUAUGAAACAUUUUGUUGUAGUUUUUUAACACUUUUUUGUUUACCACAUAAUUCCAUACAUGUUCCGGAUGUUAUUAUCAUAGUUUUGAUGUCUUCAGUAUUGUUCUACAAUGUAGAAAAUAGUCAAAAUACAGAAAAACGUAUGAAUGAGUAGGGGUGUCCAAACUUUUGACUGGUACUGUAUGUUUUAAUAUGUGUUGCCUUGUGCUUAUUGAAAUAGUACUUAUUUCCUUAAUAGUUCUGCUGUAUUUCAUUUCACACUGGUUUACCAUUUCAAUGUACUUUAGUGGACAGGAAUGAUAAAAAGAGCAAUGAUGUAGGGAACAAUGAAAAGUCUAAUUUCUCCCAAAAUGCCAUUCUUACUGCCCCUAAAAUGCCAAAAUGAUCAAUAACCCCUUCGGACAUAAUGUGUACAAUUGUACACAUGACGUUCCCUAGCAUUUUUCCUUGUGUCCAAAGGGGUUAAUAUUACCUCAGUAUUCAUUCUAUAUUGAAGUCCUUGAAGCUCUACAUCAUGCUCACCAAUAGGGCAUGACAAAUUUUAAUAUAUUUUGCUGAAUGUGUUCAUUCUCAAGUCAUUUUAAGAGUCAAACAUAAUUCACCCAGAUAUGUGAACUGUCUUUAUGCUUGUAGCUGUGCUGUCUUGAAGAGAUCGCUUUUGUGCUGUAACUUUAAAUGUUUUACAAUCUAAUAACUUCACAAUAAUGCAUUUUUUUAAAAUAAGAAUCACCUUUUAUUUUACCCAAGUAUAUUUGAAACAACAUUUUACCCCUUGUUAAAAGCAAAAUGAGAACAAAAUGACCAAAUAAAUCAGUGUUAUCUAAAUCUUUUAAAAUAUGGUCUUAGAAUUUACAUGAGCUGAUAAACAGGAAGUGAUUGUACAUAUACAAUAGCUAUCACCCAUACAGGAUAGCUCAUUAGCCUGCUAAGUAUAAGUUGUUAUAGUUUAUUAUAUUACACAUUUAAACAUGUAUUAAAGUGACAGUUGGCCUUUUGGCUUGAACAAUCAAUUCCAAAAAUUAUUCUAAAAAAUUUUUUUUUUAAAUUUAAUUCUUCAUUACAUCUUUUUUUUAAAGCAAUUGAUUUAAUCUGAAUAUCUUCAAAAGGCAAGUUAAUAAUACAUUCGUGGUCAAACUUUAACCCGUUAUCCACAAAAUAUUUUAAUAAAAUGGUCUUUUUUUUUACUUCAAAAUGUUUUUAAUGGAAUAAUUUAAUGUGAUAUAUUUUAGCAAAUGUUCCUAGCUAAGAAUAGUAGCAUCCAAAGUAAAUAGUAAAAACACAUUAAUUGGUUUAAUGCAUGAAUAAGCUUGUUGGUUGUUUUAUUUCCCUCAAUACCCUAUGGAAUGUAAUUAUACAAACAUAUAUCUUCGUUCCGUCAGUCCUUUUGCCUUAAAUCCUGGAACAGUUUCCAUCCUGAUUCCAAGUAUUGUUUUGUUUCUUUUAUUUGAGACUAUAUUCUCUAUUUUUUGGAGGGAUAUUUUUGUUUCUUUCUUUUUUUUGUAAUAUUGUCCUGUAUUUCAUGACAAGAUUGUUCUUUUGAAAAGGAAAAAGAUGAACAAGGAUUUCUUUGUUGUUGUCUGUCUUUGAAUCCUUCUCAGUGUUACUGACAUUCUCCAAUCUGAUAAAGUUGCUAUAAA